AUGCACCGGAACAGCCGCCUCCCAGCCGUGCGCACAAGGCCUCCGCCAGCCCCGCCCUCCACACGCCACGGACACAGCGCAGCAGCUAUUCUGCGCCGGGCUUCUUCUCCCCAUCUCCACCCCUCCCUGCUGAUCGCGGGAGGGGUGGAGAUGGGGAGAAGAGGGCACUCCGGGACCAUCAAGCCGGCAGUCGAAGCGGCCGCUUCCGGCCACUGUCCUGGGCGGGUGCUGGGAGAACCGCGGCCCCUGGUGGGACCUCCCGGGUGGCAUAAGGGGUCUGGAGCCCGGGCAUCCUCCCGCGGCAUGCGGGACAUGCCCAAGGCUGGUGUCCUCACCCACAUCUCCGUGGACGAGCCGCGACAUCACAAGACCAUGGCCGGCAGACACUCCGGCUGGACAUCGCCCGGACCCUCAGCUCGGGCAUCCCACCCACGGGCAGGGCCCAAAGACGCAUGCAAAUCCGAGGGCAGGGAGCAGGACCAAGGCGCCCGUGCGGCCGCCGCCAGGGCUCUGCGGGCCGCGCGUGCGGUUGCUGCUCCGUCCAACGAGGCCGGCGCUCGCUGGGCACGCCGGGAGGGUCCCGCACGAGGCAUCCCCGGCCGCGCGCGAGCGGCGGGAGAGUCCUCGUCUGCAGUCGCCGUCCUCUCCGCCGCGGCUGCGGUGCAUCUGGGUCCGCCGCUCACGGGGCCGUCCGCCGCCUCUUCCCGCCUCGCCCUUGGCGCGGGACGGGAGGACGCCUCUGCCCGCUUGAAGGUGAUAUCCAGCUGGACAGGGCGCCCUCUGAGGGAGACAGGAGUCCCCCCAUUCCGAGGACGCUCUCGGCACUGGCUGCACAUGCUUGCCGGUGCGUGA